AUGCUGCCACGUGGGUACUACGGCGCCUUGAAGUGCGUCAGUCGUCGCUGGAAGGCAGCUCUAGAAGACGAGCACCUGUACAGUCUAAGGGAACAACUGGGACGCAAGGAGAGCUGGGUGUAUGUCAAUGUGUACCACCACCCUCCCCCUUCCGCCACCACCGCUUCCAACUCCUCGCACCCUUCCUUUCGAGGAGGCGUUCGUCUGGACUCACUCUAUGCCUUCUCACCAAGUGAGCUUUUCGAAUCACACGAUUCGACUCAAGUGACUUCAGCUGCGCGCUCUUGUCCGUUCAGCAUUUUUCAUUCCACAUGUACCAUCUCUUACCACUCAUGGUUACUGUCAAACUGUAUGUGCUGCAUAUUGUCUAGGCUGUAG